AUGCGAAUUGAAGUGUCAGGUGAUCAGCUCUUUUACGACACCUUCGUGCAGCCAGAGGAGCCUGUCACGGACUAUCUCACGCAAUUCAGCGGAAUCACGAAGGAGACCCUGGAUGGCGUGAAGGUAAAGCUCUGCGAUGUCCAGAAGAAGCUGCAGGAGCUGCUAAGCCAAGAAUCUAUCCUGGUGGGCCACUCACUGGAGAGCGAUCUGAAGGCGCUGCAGCUGGUUCACGAGCGAGUCAUCGACACUGUUCUUUUGUACCCUCAUCCUCGUGGUUGGCCAUGUCGACAGAGCCUCGCAGGACUAUGCAGCGCUGUCUUGAAGAGAAAGCUACGACGAGAGGACGGCCACGAUUCCGUUGAAGAUGCGAAGGUGGCGUUGGAGCUGGCGCUCCUGAAGUUUGCUCGUGGACCUAGCUUCGGUGCAACUGGCGGCGAGUCGGUGCCCCUUGGGCGCUUGCUGAAGGAGACUGGAGUGCAGCUGCUUAUUUCCGAAGCCGACCGCGGUGAUAGCGGUGCAGACUGUUCUCGUGCCAGCAGCUGGUACGAAGAAAGCUGCAGACGGGUUUUGCCGAGCGAGUUGGGUGUGGACUGCAUACUUACGGGAGACGAAGAGGCUGAAAGCCUUUCCCGACGAUCUGUCCACAUCGUGGUCUUGAGGUCCUUCGAACGAUUUUGUGAAACGGCCCAUGCGCUUUCUGGCGGCUCGCUGGAGGACGGUCUUCCCGAUUGCUUGGCUCGCAUAGACAGGCAAGCUGCGAAGGCUGCUGAGGGCUUGACUGAGAACGACCUCCUCAUCAUGUUGAAUGGCUGUGGUAACUUCCAGUUGCUGCGCAAGCUAAUGGAUGCCAAAUGCGAGACGGCUACCGCUGCUGCAGACGAGAAGCGGAAAGUUGCUCGCGCCCGAGACCGUUUCAAGGAUACGUGGGGUGUCUUCCAGUGUGGCGGCGCCGCUUUGGAGCAGCUUCUCAAAGCUCCGCCCUGCUUGGAAGCACCUACAAUCCAGCGAGAAUUGGUGAGCUACGACCUGUGA